AUGACUUUCAGAGGGUGGCAGGUCGUCGCUGCAGUCGCGCUAUGUCUGUUCCCACAUGCUUCCGCCUGGGGAAUCGCAGGACAUCAAAUCGUGGCGACGAUUGCGCAGACGCAGCUGCAUCCCACGGUUCGAGAGCAACUUUGCUCCAUCUUGCCCAACUACACUCGCUAUCCCUCACACUGGCCAGCAACUUCACCUGACCAGCCGCAGACGCACUGCCAUCUCGCCGUACUGGCCGGCUGGCCCGAUAUGAUCCGCUCGCGCUAUCCCUGGAGCGGCGAGCUGCACUACGUGAAUCCCGUGGACGACCAUCCUCCCAGCCACUGCUUCUACGGAGAGGCCGGCUGGACGUCGCCGAACAACGUGCUUACGUCUCUAGUCAACUAUACCUCGCGCGUGGUGACUGAGAACGGGUGGGAACGCGACAUGGCGCUGCGCUUCAUGGUCCACUUGUUUGGCGAUGCGCAUCAGCCACUUCAUCUCACGGGGCGUGCACGCGGCGGCAACGAUGUCUGGGUUCAUUUCGAGGGUCGGAAGGCCCGUCUGCAUACAGUGUGGGACACUCUCCUCAUCAAUAAGCAGAUUCGAGAGCUUCAUAAUUAUACCACGCGCUUGCCUUCGGGUCGCAUCGAGAGCGCCCUAGUCGGAGCACGUUAUGAUCCGUUGGUGCGGUUCAUCCUGAAAGAGGGUUUAGGUCAACCUGCAUUUCGUGGGAGAGCCGACGAGUCGUGGUGGAAAAACGAAUCGGAAGGCUGGCCUGCUUGUCAGCGAAAAGGAUUGGGCUUCGAUGAGCUCAUGCAGGGCGGGGAGGGGCAGCUUACGUUUUCCUCGAUGGUCGAAGAUCCUCGCCGCGUAGACGAAACGGACCUGCCGAUCUGCCCUUACGAGUGGACUCAGCCCAUGCACUCGCUUGUCUGCGAAUAUGCAUUCGCAUCGCCAGUGCCCGAUUGGGAGCCGACGGAUCCGGCGAACAGUGGAGCCGAAGGUCAACCUUCGCCGACGCCACUGCCCGAGCCUGAGCUAGACGUUCCCGAGUAUGUUGGCCGGAUUGAACGAGACAAGAUCAUCCACAAGCAGCUGGCAAAGGCAGGUGUGCGCCUCGCUGCCGUCCUCAACACGCUGCUCCUCCCUGCUGAUGCCGAGGCACCGUGA